AAGGUAUCAUUUUCGCCAUGGCUUCAACAGACACUGGCAUGCCGCUGGAUGCCGCUGCCAUCAUGUCAACAGUUCUGGAAGGGAUCUUAUAUGGCUUUUCAGUUCUCAUGUUUAUAGGUACAAUCUGGACAUUCACCUAUAAAAAACGCAUGAGGGACGUCAAUCGGCCGAUCGCUGCGGUUGCUGUCUUUCUGUUUUUACUGAGUACUAUGCACAUGGUCAUAGACAUUAUUCGGGUCGAAGAUGGAUUGGUGAAGUAUCGUAACACUUUUCCAGGCGGCCCAGCGGCAUUCUUCGCAGACUAUACCCAAGAGACGUAUGUGGUCAAGACUACGGUGAUUCUCAUGCAAACUCUGCUUGCCGACGGGGUAGUGGUCUAUCGAUGUUACGUCGUUUGGCAAUCUGUCUGGGUUGCCAUCCUACCGUGCAUGAUGUGGUGUGCAAUUGCAGUGUGUGGGAGUUAUAUGGUCUACGAUCUUUCACUGGCUAGUGAUGCCGAAAGUGUGUUCACUAACCAGUCUGGACGUUGGGUCGCGGCGUUCAUUGUCUUUACUUUUGCAACCAAUUUGGUCAGUUCAGGAUUGCUGGCAUACCGCAUAUGGACGAUCGAACGCAGUGUCUCUACAAUUCGUACCAGGAGGGGUAUAAGGCCUAUUGUGCGCGUGCUUGUGGAUGCUGCUGCUUUAUACUCUGCGACCACCUUCUCCGCGAUAAUAUGUUUUGCCCUUUCGAACAAUGGCACGUAUGUCAUAGGAGAUUUGAUCAAUCCGAUCAUCUCAAUUGCCUUCUACAUGGUGUUUAUUCGCAUCGCAAUCAAUAAAGAUACUCAAAAAUUCCUUUCGGUUGUUCCUGGGACAAUUGAAACAGACCGAGAAAUCCCGCUGCAUUAUCCUAUGCAGACUUUGCAGAUUGCAUGCAGGGAUGAUACAUCCUCCUGGCUAAAAUAGCGAUUCAUACAUUCAGCCUGAUUUCGUACUUUCUUAUUUCGGAUGGUAGCUCCGUCAUUCUAGGCUUCAUCGGGAACGCCAAAAUAUCUGACUGUACUUUUACCUUCUACUUGUCUGAAUAGGGUUUGUGAUAAAUUAUCUGCGGAAAUAGGUGUUAUCAACUUG